AUGGGCAGCGACUUCCUCCUUGAGGCGCUGAUGGAAGUGCCGGAUGGCAUCGAACCGUAUAUGGUGGUGGUUGGUGUAUGUUGGUGUUGGAAGCGCUGGUUCUGUGUUCAGACAGAAAUGGUAAGGGACCGUGUUGCUUUGCUCGCGGGAUGCGACUACACAUUGCCACCAGGCGGAAGCCACAUGGACAUGUCCAAUGUGCAGAUGGAGGCUGUGCGCUGGGGAACGCGGCUCAUCGUCGCUCCGACCACAGGCUUGAAGGACAUUGUCGAACACGGCCUCAUCGAUCUCUGGACGAAUGGUAAGAUGACCGUCGAAGCGCUUGUGGAGCAAGGUUUUCUCGAAAAGGGUUAG